CUUCCGUUGUGCAGCCUGGCUGUAUUGUUAUUGUAUUACUGUCUCCAAAUGUGUCUCUCUCUCUUUUUUUUACCAUUUUCCCGAAUGCAUUCAUUAAUCUAAUGGACAAAACACAAACCUGUGGAGUCUCAAGUAGGAAUACAAACCCUGUAUUUUACGAUCGCGGCCCAGUAUCGUUGGCGUCUUCUCAUCAAGUUUGAAGAAGCAGACUGGAUUGCUUUUAACCUAUCAGGUUCAACAUGUCAGAUGACCGCCGCCGUUCAGAGGUGUGGAAAUUUUUCAAGGUGAUUGAAAGUAACCAAGAAAAGAAAAAGGUGGAGUGCAGUAUGUGUUACACAGAACUGACGUACUCUGGCGGGAGCACAGGGACCAUGACCAAUCACCUGCGAUUUAAGCACAGCCAGGUCUUUACUGCAUCCCAAGCGCGAGAUAGAUCCACCAGAUCCUGUAAGUCCAAUUAUACAAGGAGAACCAAUCAGCCAAUCAUUGUAAGUCAUUCAAGUCUCAUGGCAAAAGAUGAGUGGGAAAAAUGUACUGCAAAGCUGGCAGCUAUGUGUGCUUUUGACCUGCGCCCAGUUAGCAUUGUGGAGGGGACAGGCUUUAAGGAAUUUAUCAAAGAACUAAAUCCCUUGUAUGAAAUCCCAGACAGAGCCACUGUGGCUCACUUUGUCAGAUUGCAAUAUGAAGAAGAGAAACGGACACUGCGAGAAAAGCUGGCAAAUCAAGUGGGAAUGGCUUUCACCUUGGACUUGUGGGUAAGUGUUGCCACUGAGGCAUACAUUACUGUGACCGCACACUUUCUAGAUGAAAAUUGGGAACUGAACAAUUGCAUUUUGGCAACAAGGGAAGUAGAAGAACAGCACACAGGUCUUAACAUUUCAACAGAAAUCAGAAAACUGUUGACUGAAUUUGAUAUACCAGAAAAGAAAAUAUAUGGGCUUGUAACAGAAAAUUCAGCAAACAUGGUCAACUGUGGGAAUGGACUGGGAUGGCCCCAGGUCAAGUGCUUUGGCCACACGCUGCAGCUGUCAAUCCGAGGUGCAUUUGAUGAAGUCAGAGCUCUGUCUGAUACCAUCGCUGCUGCCAAGAUGCUGGUCGCGUAUUUUCAUGGAUCUGCAUCUGCAACCCUUGAGCUCCAAUCACAGCAAAAACAGCUGGAGUUGUCAGAGAAUAUCUUAAUUACAGAUUGCACUUCCCGUUGGAACACUACCUUUGAUAUGUUUGAGUGCCUGGUGCGGGAGCGUCUGAAUAUACAGGCAGUCCUAAAUUGCCCAGAAGUCACUAAACCAUCAGAUGCCAUGAAGCUGACACUUUCAGACAGUCAGUGGGAUAUUAUUGAGUCCAUGGUUCCUGUGCUCCGCCCGCUGCACGUGGCUACUCGAAUCAUGUGCUCUCAGGAAUACCCAACCCUGAGUGGAGUUUAUCCCAUUCUUUGCAGCUUAAAGAACCAGCACCUCCGGGUGAAGGAGACUGAUAUAGAAGCCGUCGCAGACUUCAAGAGAAUAGUGGUGUCUGUUUUAGAAAUGUGCUACAACACUACUGAUGAGGUCUUUUGCCAGGACCCAGCAUUGAUCUGCACUUUCCUAGACCCACGAUACAAGUCCCUGUUAUUCCUGAAGCCCAGCCAGCGUGAAGCCGUCCGAGCACAGGUGGUGUCUUACAUGCAGUCAGAUGGUCCCCCUGGUCAAAGCAGCAGGCUGCGAUCAUCUGCAAAACGGCUGAAACGUGAACACGCCCAGUCAGACAUGGCGUUCCUUCUGGGAGAAUACUACCAGGAUGGGGAUGACAGCGACUCCUCUCCUACACCAGAAGAAGAACUCGGACAGUAUGUUUUAAGCAAGGCUGUGCCGACUGCUGUUAAUCCUGUAGUCUGGUGGAAGGAAAAUGCCCCAAAUUUUCCAGCAGUUGCAAAGUUGGCCAGAAAAUUCCUGUGCAUUCCAGCAACAUCCAUACCUUCCGAAAGGGUUUUCUCUACUGCUGGGGACACUCUCACUAAACUCCGAGCAUCGCUUGAUCCAGAUACAGUGGGUGAGCUCAUCUUUGUGAACAAAGUACUGAGGAUGAAAGAACCCCAGCAGGACACAGAUGAACCACAAAGUGCAGAAAGAGAGGACACAGUUAUACUGCAGCAUCAGGUCCUCAUCAAACAGGAGGACUGCAGUUCAUGAAGUUGUGGGAUAUGCACAGUCCUCUGAGAGAAGUGUACAGUGCAUUGUUGCAGCUCUACAGGUGUUGCAGCCCCUCGACUUGUUUUCUUGUGAAACUGGUGAUUGUUAUAUAAAGCAUAUCCCUUAUUCAUUUUAAUACCAUGCCCCUGAGUAGCAUGCAAUACAUGUUUAAGUUUAUUAAGUGCAUUAACACUGGGGUGGAAUCAACUUGCUUGGUCCAAAACCCAGACUAAAUGUUCUGAAUCUAAUAAAGUUUUGUUGGAUCGAGUUCAAGAGGAUAGUAAAAACAAGAAAGUCUUCAAGUACUAAGCACUGGAAAGUGUUCUAAACUUGUACAUACCAUGAUGUGAUGU